GUACGUUGUUGUAUAUCUAUUUAGAGCUGCAUAUUAUUUUAAAUAUUUUUGUCUCCAGCUAUCAAUUCAAAUAAUAAAUUUAAUUGUAUAACUGCUAAUUUUUAGAUGAAAAUCAGUUCAAACAUAACUGGCAACAUUAAUUUGGUUAGGUUAGGUUAUUUUUUAUCAAUCUUUAUUAAAAAUAGAGUAUAUUUUAUUGACAUAAAAAAAUGAAAUAAUAUCGUUUUAAUUGGCUGUGAAUUUGAUUCAGAACUUUCACAGUUUUUUUAUAUGUAGUAUAACUGGUAUGGAUCGAUUACGUAUUAUUAAGUUUAUUAUAGCAUUAAGUCACUUGUGUAUAUUAUCGCAAUUUGUAUAUUGUGAAGACAAACUCUAUUUAGAUGUUUCUUCUUACCAUCCGAACCAAAACGAAUACAAUGUGUUCAAACGAUAUUUUGACAUCAAGAAUAACACAAUCAUAUAUAUUAAUAAUAUACAAAAUGAUGUUGGUUUCUUUAUUAUUCAAAUUCAUACUUACAUCGAAAAUGUGACUUUAUCCAAUGAUUAUAAUUUGAAUUACGGUUCAUAUGUUACGGGAACAAAUAUUGGGUUGUAUUCACAAUCAAAAAAUAAUAGUGCCGUUUUUUAUUUAUUCAUAAAUAAUAAAAUCGGCGAUUCAUUACAGAGUUUAAUAGUUUUAAAUAUUUAUGAUGCGACAGAUCCUAAACCGGGAGGUUGUAACCUCUCUUUUGGGACCACAGUGGCCCCUUAUCAAUCAAUACAAUAUACUGAUAGUAUGAUUAAAGUCAAUAGUCAACCUCCGUCUUACAAUGGCAUCUCAUGUGUUAACAAUUCGAUUCAAACUAAUAUGUUUCAUAUGUUUUUGAAUGAUUAUGAUAAUUCUAUGGAAUCAUAUUUUAAUGGUCUUGAAAAAAUGUUAACUGUUGAUGGUAUUUUAAAAUAUGGAAGAAAAGUACCGGAUACUCUUAGCACAGGAAAGUUCUCGAGAUUAUACAGUUCCUAUAUUGGUACAGGAGAAAUAUUCGCAAUAAUUACAAAUUAUAAUAAUCGAUCCUCAGUUUAUGUGCCUGCUGUUUCGUAUGGCUGUGACAUAUCCAAAUGGAAAGAAAGUUGCCUUGGUCCAGUUUCUGUCCACUGGAAGUUUUUAUGUGCUGUUCAGUUAAUUUUUGGUGUUUUUAUUUGUUUUUUUGGCCAUCGGUUUUUCAAGAUAACUGUUUAUGUAGUCAGUUUCACUUUUGGUUUAUUAGUAACUUAUUUUAUUAUUUCAAUGGAAGAAUAUCUCUCAAUCACAGAAAAAACUAUUACAUCAUUUACUGUUGGAUUUAUUUACGGUAUAAUUUGGUUAUUGAUUUGGAAAAGAUACGGAUUGCCGUUUUUGACAAUCAAUUUAGCGUUAAUAAUGUCCGGUUUUUUAACAGCUUCAUUAUUUUUCUAUACAAUUCUAACUGACAUGAAUUUGUUCAUGACAACUUUUAAUUACUGGAUGGUGUUCUUAUUGAUAAUUAUUUUAUGUAUAAUUGUUUCUAUACCGAAUGCAACGUAUGCUCAUAUCGCAUCUUUGAGUUAUCUUAGUUCCUAUUCCUGUGUUAUGGCUCUCAGUUAUUACGUAGGUGGUAAUCUACCUUACAUUUUGAUCAAUACAUAUAGAAGGGUAGCCGUUCUCGAUUUCAAUCUAGCUGUAAUUGAUCCACCAAUGGAUACGAUAGAUAUCCUCCAUGUUUUAUUAUGGAUAGGGCUGUUACUUUUUGGAAUGUUUAUACAGAUACGUCAUCAAAGGGGUAAACCGCCAUUUCCACCAAAUAGGCGUUUUCUAGAUAUUAUUGAAAACCCUAGAGAAACUACCCCACUGAUUCAUGAUAUUUUUGCUCCAAGACAAUACACGAUGUAAAUAUUUUAUGGUAAUUGGAUGGCUAAUGGUCCCUAUAACGUUGUGAAAACUUCCAGAUUUUACCGAAUGUAAAUAUCUUUGUUUUAAGACUGAUCAAAUAAUAGAUAAAAUAAAAGUCUAAAAUAUUUUUGUUA